GCUGAAACGCUUUCCGCUUCAGUCUUACAGGAAAGCUCAGUGUGCAGACACCCGCGCCAAAUCCAGGCGCUCCCGUGAGACAGCGUGACUAAGUUCGCGUGCCGCAUCGUAAUAUAAACAUUGCUACGUUUCUAACGUUACUACAUCCCGUUUCGUAAUACUUCGUGACAUAAAACCUUCAUAAACUGUAGUGUUUUUUUAUGUUGGUGAAAGAACUAAGUGCAAUGCUGGAUAAAUCCAUCCUGGGUGGCAGUUGGGAGAGCGUGAUCUCGCGCGAUGAUUACGAGAUCGACUACAGCCCGAGCCCGAGGGGUUCUCCGUUGAAGGAUACGUCCAACAUCCAGGAGGACCAGCCCUAUUUGAUCAGCCGACACAAUCCAAACAAGACCUUCCGCCGAGAAUCGGUCAUCGCUUCGUGGAAAAACUUGAAAAAAGAAAGGGAACAGGCCCUGGGAAAGCGGAUCAUCUACGUGGACGCGGACAAUUAUGAAGAUUACUAUGGCAGGAAUAAAGUCAAGCGCUGCAAGAGCGAAAGGACCGCGAGCACUCCACGGGUUCUCAAAAAGGUUAAACGUACGUACUCGGUGCUGUACAGGUAUGACCCAAAUGAGGAAAAGGUCGUAAAGGAGUAUAAGUACCAGCCUACGAAGGAGCCUGAGAUGUCAGUGAACUCUUUGCAGAAAUCUUUCUCUGAGCCCUUUUUGGGACCGGAAAGAGUACCCAAGAAGAAAGUGAAGAGAUCCAUCACUACACUCUUAAACAUUAAGACCAAGAUUCUCAACAUAUUCUCACCAAAGAGUUAGUUUAUAGAAGUAGAUCUUAAGGUGUUAGUUGCUCAAUUAAAUGCAUUUUCCUUUAGGCUAAGGCAGCGUUAAUCACUUUCAUUCAAGAUGAAAUUGAUAGCGCUUAUGUAUAUUGAUAGCUAAGCGUAAUAAUUAUGUAUCCGUAAGCAAUUAUGGCGUGUUAAUGUACUUGACAUUUCGUGUAAGUGAAAAUAGAGAGCGUAUAAUGAAUAUGCUAAUUUUGCCCAAACCAGUUUGUCAUAUUAUAAUGUACGUCCGUAUUUUAUAUCUGUGCCCUUUCAAUGUUUGGUUAUAUUUGCAAUGCCAAAUGUUCAAAACGACUAAAUGUUUUUUUAUCAUACUUUUUUUUCUUAUUUACAGUUUACAGACAAUUCGACAAUUAUAAGAAUUUUGUGAUAUAUUUUUGUGUGUUGUGAUAUAUUAUAUCUUAGUGUAUAGUGUGACUUCGCCUAUAUAAGAUUUUAUGCUUAUAUACGGCUGAAGUUUAAUAAAGGCCAAAACGUAGA